AUGGAGACUUCACGCGGACCCCCGAGGGUCAAGAACAAGGCCGCCGCGCCCAUACAGAUUUCAGCAGAACAGCUACUUCGCGAAGCCGUAGACCGACAAGAUACAGGUCUACAAGCGCCGACCCAGCGCUUUGCAGAUCUAGAAGAGCUCCAUGAGUUUCAAGGUCGGAAGCGGCAGGAGUUCGAGAACUAUGUUCGCCGCAGUAGGACCAACAUGACCCAAUGGAUGCGCUAUGCACAAUGGGAGUUGGAACAGAAAGAAUAUAAGCGUGCCAGAUCAAUCUUCGAGCGAGCACUGGAUGUUGACUCGACAUCUGUAGUGCUAUGGAUACGGUAUAUCGAGGCAGAGAUGAAGACGAGGAAUAUCAACCAUGCUCGAAAUCUUCUGGACCGAGCCAUCGCCAUAUUGCCUCGCGUGGACAAACUUUGGUAUAAAUAUGUGUACAUGGAAGAAACCUUGGGCAACAUCUCUGGUGUACGUCAAGUUUUCGAACGGUGGAUGACUUGGGAGCCGGACGAGGCGGCAUGGAGCGCCUACAUUAAAUUAGAGAAGCGAUAUGGAGAAUUGGAUCGGGCGCGGACAAUCUUCGAGCGGUUUACCAUUGUACACCCGGAACCGAAGAACUGGAUUAAAUGGGCUCGAUUUGAAGAAGAGAACGGCGAUGUGGAAGAUGUACGAGAAGUUUUUGGUAGUGCCAUCGAAACUCUUGGGGACGACUUCAUGGAUGAGAAGCUCUUUAUGGCUUACGCCCGGUUUGAAGCUAAGCUCAAGGAGUAUGAGCGCGCAAGAGCUAUCUACAAGUAUGCUCUUGACCGCAUGGCUCGGUCACGGUCCGCCACUCUACAUAAAGCUUAUACCACUUUCGAGAAGCAGUUCGGAGAUAAAGAGGGGGUUGAAAACGUCAUUUUAUCCAAAAGACGGGUGCAGUACGAGGAACAAGUAAAGGAGAACCCGAAAAAUUAUGAUACAUGGUUCGACUAUGCAAGACUCGAAGAGACAUCAGGGGAUGUCGAUAGGGUACGCGACGUAUACGAACGUGCCAUCGCCCAGGUUCCACCGACACACGAGAAAAGACAUUGGAGACGGUAUAUAUAUCUAUGGGUCUUUUAUGCCUUGUGGGAGGAAAUGGACAACGAAGACAUCGAUCGGGCUCGGCAGAUUUACCAAGAAUGCUUGAAGCUUAUACCACACAAGCACUUCACCUUUGCCAAGAUCUGGCUCCUGAAGGCACAUUUCGACGUCCGUCAGGGGGCUCUACAUGUGGCGCGAAAGACUCUUGGACAGGCUAUCGGUAUGUGUCCGAAAGAUAAACUUUUCCAGGGUUACAUCGAUCUGGAGCUGAAACUCUUUGAGUUCGUCCGAUGUCGCACGCUUUACGAGAAGAAAAUAGAGUGGAAUGCGUCCAACACUCAAUCAUGGAUCAAGUUUGCGGAGCUAGAGCGCGGACUGGACGAUCUUGAUCGAACAAGAGCGAUUUUCGAGCUCGCUGUACAGCAGCAGCAACUGGACAUGCCAGAGCUUCUAUGGAAAGCUUAUAUCGACUUUGAAGAGGAAGAAGGAGAGUACGACAGGACGAGAAAUCUUUAUGAGCGGCUGUUGGAGAAGACAGACCAUGUCAAGGUCUGGAUCAGUUAUGCGCACUUUGAGAUCAACAUUCCAGAGGGUGACGAAGACGAAGAUGAGGAGGCCCCCGUCAGCGAAGAGGCUAAGACACGGGCGAGAGCGGUCUUCAAGCGUGCUUACAAGAGCUUGAAAGAGAAAGAUCUCAAAGAAGAGCGUGUUGCACUCCUGAAUGCUUGGAGAUCUUUCGAGGCCACCCACGGAUCAGCGGAUGAUAUCGAGAGUGUUGACAAACAAAUGCCUAGGAAAGUCAAGAAGCGAAGAAAGCUGGACGACGACUCGUUCGAAGAAUACAUGGACUACGUAUUCCCAGCCGACGAUGAGAGUGCUGCGAAGCUGUCCAAAUUGCUGCAGAGGGCGCACGCAUGGAAGGAAAGCGGGGGUCAGGAGAAUGGGGGUGAUUAA